AUGAAUCGAUUUAAUAAUGUUGGAAGACCAGUAAUUCCUGCUAAACCGAUGAUAAAAGAUGAAGACGACUGGGAAACAGAUCCUGACUUUGUUAAUGAUCUUUCUGAAAAAGAAAGUAGAUGGGGAGCAAAAACUGUUGAAGGUUCUGGAAGGUUAGAUACAUUUGAUGUAUCACAACUUAGAGAUGAAGUUGUUCAAGCUGAUGAGAUAAUCAAACAAAAACAAUAUGAAGCAAUGCCAAAAGCUAGUGAUGGUUAUGGAGGUAAAUUUGGUAUUCAAAAAGAUAGAGUUGAUAAUUGUGCAGUUGAUUUUUCAUAUGAUGGAAAAGUUGAAGCUCAUGUCUCACAGAAAGACUAUAAAACAGGUUUUGGUGGAAAAUUUGGUAUUCAAAAAGAUCGUCAGGAUAAAUCUGCAGCUUCAUGGAAUGAAAAGAUUGAGGUACCAAAACAUGAAUCACAGAAAGAUUACAAGCAUGGUUUUGGUGGAAAAUUUGGUAUUCAGAAAGACAGACAAGAUAAAAGUGCUGUUGGAUGGGAUUCAAAGGAACAGUUGCAAAGUCAUGAAUCACAAAAAGAUUAUAAAAAAGGCUUCGGUGGACAAUUUGGAGUUCAAAGUGAUCGCCAAGACAAAUGUGCUGUUGGUUGGGAUACUAAUGAAAAAGUUGAAGCUCAUGAAUCACAAAAAGAUUAUAAAAAAGGAUUUGGAGGUCAAUUUGGUGUCCAAAAAGAUCGUCAAGAUAAGUCAGCCGUUGGUUGGGAUUCUCAUGAAAAAUUACAUUCUCAUGAAUCACAAAAAGACUAUAAAAAAGGUUUUGGAGGACAAUUUGGCGUUCAAAAAGAUAGACAAGAUAAAAGUGCUGUUGGAUGGGAAUGUAAUCAAAAGGUAGAAUUUCAUGAAUCUCAAAAGGAUUAUAAAAAAGGCUUUGAACCUCCAGCUCGUCCUGGUGGUAUAUCAAGUUUGAAAUCUAAAUUUGAACAAUUUCAAAUGGGCUCAAAUAAUGGUGAUGACAAAGUAGCACAAGAAAGAGAAAGACGUAAGCUUGAGGAUGAAGCAUUAAGAAAAAGAGAAAAAGAAAUGGCAGCAGAACGUAAGGCAAAAGAAAGCAAAAAUGGAAGUAUUUCUGUUAAAGUUGAUAAUGAUCAAAACAUUUUACCAAACAACUUUAAAUCUUAUAAAGCUCCUGAAGUAAUGAUUAGCCCUACUCAAAAUUGUACUUCUUCAAUUUCGACUGUUUCAAAAACUCAAGAAACAUUUAAUCAAAAUAAUACAUAUUUGAAUAAUACUUCAAAACCUCCAAAAGAAGAAUCAAUUGACAAUCAUACAUUUUCUCCAGUUGAACAAGAACAAUCAUAUGUACCACCACCAGCUCCAGGUGGAAAUGAAAUUCUUAUUAACUCUUUACCUAAAAGGCAUACAACUGACUCAUUUGACCAAGUUUCAAAUGAUGAAGAUGAAUGGAAUGAUGAGAAUACACAGUCAUUAAUAACUAAAGUGCAACCUCCAGCAUCAUAUUCAACAAUAGAAGAUAAUUCAAUUAAAGAGCAAAUAUACAAUAUCGAUCCUCCUCCUCCUGAGGCUUCUUUUGAAAAUGAAAUAAAUGCAGUUGCUUUAUUUGAAUAUGAAAAACAGGAUGAUGAUGAAAUUGGCUUUGAUGUUGAUGACAUUAUAACAAAUAUUGAAAAAGUAGAUGUUGGAUGGUGGCGUGGUACAUGCAAAGGGCAGACUGGCCUAUUUCCAGCAAAUUAUGUAAAAGAGAAAUAA